GAAACUAUGAAAUGUUCCAGGCUGUCUGUGGUAGAGGUUUUCUUCUAAUCAACAAAUCUAGAACCAAAGGUGAAACAAGUGAAUGGGUAUGUUGUCGUUUCUAUAAUCUCAGAAAAUCCAUUCACGCACUGGACAUCUUGAAGCAGAGAAAAAAAUGAGUUAUUUUGUCACUAUUAAUUAGUUUAGACCAAAAAACGUAUUCCAACAAGAAAAUAAAAUCAUGGACUACCUGUCCUACCUGACUAUUCCCAGCUAUCCAGCCUUACCUUUUGUAAUCAUGAUAGUAAUUCUACCUGUAGAAACAUUUAACGUUACUGUCAGAGAUAACUGGAACACCUCACUGUUUCCGAACGACACGGAAAUGUACCCAGAGGGCGCUAUUUGGAAUGUUACACUGAUUCAGCGAGUGGUAACUUUAGGGGUUAUCAUGGCAGGCACUUUACUAGGAAAUACCAUCAUAGUACUAGUACUUUCUAAACUACGUUACCGAAAACGUUCAUCACGUGUAAAUAUUUUCAUUCUUAACCUUGCAAUUGGCGACUUAGCGGUUUGCGGAAUCACCAUGACAUCAGAACUUCUGUUUGAGGUUUUCGGAGAGUGGGUCUUGGGAGCUAUUGCAUGUAAAGUGAUUGUGUACGCUCAGAUUGUAACGCUUGCAAGCACAACAUUCAUCCUGACGUCAAUGAGUUACGACCGCUAUCAGGCUAUAUGUAAGCCGCUUCAGUCAACGGUAGGCGCUAUUCGUGCUAAGAAAUUGAUUCUUGCUUCUUGGAUCUUGGCGUUUAUUGUGGCUGUGCCCCAACUUUUCAUCUUCGUUCAGAAAGAAAAUGGAAUUACCACGACAGGUCGAAUACGGUACGAAUGCGUCAGUCAAGGGUACACAGCAAUGUGGCAGAGAAAGGUUUAUUUCAGUUGGCUCACUAUCUAUAUUUUAAUGAUUCCUACAGUUUGCAUUAGUUACUGCUAUGUCAACGUUCUGCGAGCUCUCUGUGCUGCUGGACGUGAAAACCACAGCAACAAGAACGACGGCGUCUACCUUCGUCGCUCCGUCAGUGCCGCAGCUGUGAUCCCACGUGCCAAAAUUAAAACCCUGAAACUCACAAUAUGUAUUAUCGCUAGUUUCGUGAUUUGCUGGACCCCCUACUUUAUCGUUCACAACAUUCGUAUAUUUAGCAAUUACAACAUCAAGGUGCCCAAGGUUAUGAUUGUGGGGGCAGAGACAUUUGCUUUAUUAAACAGUGCUCUUAAUCCAAUUUUCUAUGGUUAUUUCAACGUUCGUGUUCGUAAGGGUUUCAUUGAAAUUGUAUACAGAAAGAAAGACUUUCGCAGCUGUGUGGCAGCUUCGCAGUCGUGUAGCAACCCCAUUGAUUCUGGAGACACUGCCUACAGCUCGGCAGUCAUGCAGAAUCACAAUGGGCAGCGAAGGGAUCUCACGGUAGGAAUCAAUGUUGAAAUGUGUAAUCGGCGAUAUCGUCAGAUGCACUGUAGAAGGAAUCGUCGUCCAAAAACUAAGAAGGACUUUUCAUCGACGCGUGUAUAGAUACAGUACAGGCUAGCUUUUGUUUUUCAUGUGUAUUUCACAGGGUACUGGAUAUAAAACUAUUAAAAUGUUAUUAUUAAAUGUUGAAAUGUGUAAUCGGCGAUAUCGUCAGAUGCACUGUAGAAGGAAUCGUCGUCCAAAAAUUAAGAAGGACUUUUCAUCGACGCGUGUAUAGAUACAGUACAGGCUAGCUUUUGUUUUUCAUGUGUA